AUGAUCCGUCUUUUAUCAACAACAAACACUGCUCCCGUCUCACCGCCCCGCCCCGCCCUGCCGCCCUCCCGACCUCCCGCCCGCCCCGCGUACUACCUACUGAUUAAAUAUAGGUACAACAAUUGCGUCGGCAUGUGGGUCAUCACCGCCGCCGAGGAGCACCUCUCCACCGUCGCUUCGCUCCCUGCCGCCUCAAACAUGGCCAACACGACUAUGAACGAUCCCAUUCACACAGACGCUACGUCCAAUUAUUUAUCGUCAAACCCC